AUGUCUGAAUGGGACGAUAUGGUUAAAGAAUGGCUUAUUGACACUGGUAAUGUAUGUGCUGGUGGUCUUUGCUCUUCUGACGGUGCAUUCUAUGCCGCUUCAGCCGACCAAGGUGAUGCCUGGCAAACACUUGUGAGAGAUGACCACGAAGAGAACGUUAUUCAACCCGAUGGUGUCUCAGUUGCUGCCGAAGUAAUUAAUGAUCAAUCAACAAUAUUCCAAGCUAUUUCUGAAGGUAAAGCACCCAACGGAGUUUGGCUUGGUGGAAAUAAAUAUAAAAUUAUCAGAGUUGAGAAGGAUUUCCAGCAGAACGAUGCUACUCUCGACGUUAUUUUUUGUAAUAAAUCCCAAGGUGGUUGUUUUUUAGUUAACACUAAAAACGGCAAUGUUGUUGUUGCAGUUUAUGAUGAGUGUAAGGAUCAAUCAUCAGGUAAUUGUAAAAAGGUUGCCUUGGAUCUUGCAGAGUACCUUGCAUCACAGGGUUACUAA